GAGUGGCGCCUGGCUGGAGAAUUCAUUGCAGUAGAGAGAAGGGGCAGAGCAUGAGUUCCAAGUCAAAAUCCAUUGGGAUCAUCGGAGCACCUUUCUCAAAGGGCCAGCCACGAGGAGGCGUGGAAGAAGGCCCUAGAGUAUUGAGAAAGGCUGGCCUGCUCGAGAAACUUAAAGAACAAGAGUGUGAUGUGAAAGAUUAUGGGGACGUGCCCUUUGCUGAUGUCCCUAAUGAUCCUCCCUUUGGAAUCGUGAAGAAUCCAAGGUCUGUGGGAAAAGCGAAUGAGCAGCUGGCUGGCGUGGUGGAGGAGGUGAAGAAGAAUGGAAGGACCAGCGUGGUGCUGGGCGGGGACCACAGUAUGGCUAUCGGAAGUAUCUCUGGCCACGCCAGGGUCCACCCGGAUCUCUGCGUCAUUUGGGUGGAUGCUCACACUGAUAUCAACACUCCAGUGACAACCACAAGUGGCAACUUGCACGGACAACCUGUGUCUUUCCUCCUGAAGGAACUAAAAGGAAAGAUCCCUGAUGUACCAGGACUCUCCUGGGUGACUCCCUGCAUAUCUGCCAAAGAUAUUGUGUAUAUUGGCCUGAGAGACGUGGACCCUGGGGAACACUACAUUUUGAAAACUCUGGGUAUUAAAUAUUUUUCCAUGACUGAAGUGGAUAAACUGGGAAUUGGCAAGGUGAUGGAAGAAGCACUCAGCUACCUACUAGGAAGAAAGAAAAGGCCAAUUCAUCUGAGCUUUGAUGUUGACGGACUGGACCCAUCCUUCACACCAGCUACGGGCACACCAGUGCAGGGAGGGCUGACUUACAGAGAAGGUCUCUACAUUACAGAAGAAAUUUAUAAAACAGGGCUACUCUCAGGAUUAGAUAUAAUGGAAGUGAACCCAUCUCUGGGGAAGACGCCAGAAGAAGUAGCUCGAACAGUGAACACAGCAGUAGCAGUGACCUUGGCUUGCUUUGGAGUGGCUCGGGAGGGUAAUCAUAAGCCUAUUGACUACCUUAACCCACCUAAGUAAAUGUGGAAACGCCAUGUAAAAUCUCACAGCUAAUGUCAUAAUUAGCCAAUUUAAUAAUUUACUUAAAUUUACGGUUAUCGCCCCAAUGACUUGAUCUUUCCAAAAAAAUCUCUGCCUUGGUAAAUAUUAUUACAAUCAGUAUAAACUGUUAAUUCCCUCCGGUAUAAAAUGCAAGACUUGAUAAUUCUAAAUUUUGUGAAAUUGAAAAGUUUGCAUUCUAAAACCAAAUAAAGCUCCUAUCUUCUACGAAUGUCUCUGAUUAACAAUUCUUUUAAAAACCUAUUUUGGGGAAAUCAUACCCCCUUAAUUUUAGCUAGAGAGGAAAAAAUGGAUUUUUUAAUAAAUUAACUCGAAUGUAUUUGUCCUUGGAACAGU